CACUGUCGCCAGGGAAACCCCGUGGCGUGGUUGUGUGUCAGUUUCGUUGGGACCCGCGGUCGAUGCCGGUGAGGAGGGGGAUGGGCGCCUCGGCGAAUGUAAGGACCCGAGACAGAAUCAGAGCCCUGUAUCACAUACAGCAGCAUAUACCCCAUUAUAAAUAGCGAUAGUAAAUACAAUACACUAAAAUACAUGGAUUUAUCCAUCGGGGAUCUAUAAAGGACAGUCAAUGGAUGCAGUGCACCUGAACAGGACAUGGAAUUUAACUUUCCCUCUACGUUUGGGAGACACUGAGAAGUUUGUUUCCUCCCCCUGGAGAGGGAGCUACUUUUGAGGGCAAAGGAUACAGGAGACUCCGAGGCCGACCUACGGGCCUACUGGUCUGUUUGGAUUUGAUGUUGGGAUACUCUAAGGACCCACUGUACAUGCGUUUGCCUUGUUUGUUCAAAUUUGGAAUGCCUCUUUAGGUCCCCCAUGACCGUGAGCCGUGGUUUACGGCUCGGCGGCGCCCCACCUCUGGAGUGGUCCGUCGCUGUUGCUGGGACUUUGUGAUUCCCCUCCUCGCCUCCCCCAUCCCGUCCCAUCCUGUCCCUCCCCUCCCCCUCCCCCCCCCCCCCUUCCUCCCCCCUCUUCCCCCGCUCCCACGCGUCGCUGUGCCGGACGUCAUGAGCAUAGUAAUCGCGCUGGGAGUCACCACACCCGAAACGUCUUACUCAGAUAUGGCUGCUGGAUCAGACCCUGAGGCAGUUGAAGCAAGCCCUGCAGUGAAUGAGAAAAACUACAACAACCACAGCUGUGGCAGUGCACAGAGUCAUGGGUAUUGUGGACUACCAUAUGCUAUGCAACAGUCUUCCGUUGUGUGUUGUCAGGAUCACAACUAUGGCGCACCCCCUCCCCCCACCCCACCCGCCUCCCCGCUCUCCCAAGCCAUCAUUCCCCGCAUGGACCUCAACGGCGUGGUACGCGGCUCCCGCUACCACGCCGCCCCCGAGGACAACUCGGCCGACAGCGACAGCUCCUCCGAGGAGGACGGGGCCGUGUCCUGCUGGUGUCACUGCCUGACGCCGGACGGCCUGCUCAUCAAGUGUGACAACUGCAGGGGUCUCGACAGGAGGAAAGGAGCAGAAGGCCAACACAGAAAACCAGAAAAUGUCUCUGCUGGAGAGAGCAGUGCUACCGAGAGUGGUGACGAAGAGGUGUCGCCCUCCACCAUCUCCUACACCGCCACCCAGCAUACGCCCACCAGCAUCAAACUCACCGUCAACCGGGUCAAAAGGAGCAAGUCUAAAAAGAGAAAGAAGAGCACAGAGAAGGCCCGUGGAACUCAGAAGAGCAAGAAGGUCAAGGCUUUCAGAGAGGGUUCUAGAAAGUCCAUGAGGAUGAAGAACUCCACAACAGAGGCCAGCGUGCUGGAUGAGAACACGGCAGAGGGAUGGGAGAGCAGGAUCCGCCAGUGGACGGACCAGUACGAGGAGGCUCUGGCCAACCAGUACAGCGCCGACGUCCAGACACUCCUCCAGCUCCACCGCGCCGCCAGCACCAACGUCUCAAAAACGGAGAGCAAUGCAGUGACGCCCUCGUCCACCACGCUGAUCCACGCCUCGGUCGACACCAUGGACACCAUCAACCGCACCGAGCUGGCCUGCAACAACACUGUGCUGGGCUCACAGAUGCAGCUCCAGUUGGGGCGGGUAACCCGAGUGCAGAAACAUAGGAAGAUCCUACGUGCAGCCAAGAACCUGGAACCAGACACACUCGUCAUUGAGUAUCGGGGAAAGGUCAUGCUCAAACAGCAGUUUGAAGUGAACGGGCACUUCUUCAAAAAACCCUACCCCUUUGUGCUGUUCUACUCAAAGUUUAAUGACGUAGAGAUGUGUGUCGAUGCAAGGACCUUUGGAAAUGACGCCCGCUUCCUCCGGAGGUCCUGUACGCCCAACGCCGAGGUCCGGCACAUGAUCGCAGAGGGCAUGAUUCAUCUGUGUAUCUACGCCGUUGGUCAAAUCACAAAGGAUGCUGAGGUCACCAUUGGAUUUGACUACGAGUUCAACAGCUGUAAUUACAAAGUGGACUGUGCCUGCCAUAAGGGCAACCAGAACUGCCCGGUGCAGAAGCACAAUCGAAGCCCCAGGGAGAGCUUGCCCAGCGCCCCCUCCCUGCCGCCGCUCUCUACUGUGGAAGGUGCCGAGACCCGGCGGAGAAAAGCCCGGCGAGCGCUGGAGAGCGGCCUCGCUAGUGACAGGAACCAGCACCAGGAGGCCAAAGAAAUGCAGGGAGGCACUGACGCAGAGGAAAGACUGCUGGAUGAGCUGAACGCGGAGGAGGGGGAGGACGGGGAGGUGGAUGAAAACGGGGUCGCCAUCUCCAGUAAAAAAACCUGUAACAACAUGGAAAGGAGGCGCAAGAGACUGGGAGGAGCAGAAGUCAAGGAGGAGGGCGUGGAAAGUGAGGACGGGGCGGGAAACCCUGCUGGGAACACUCCCACACCCCUCAACGCUGGAGUGGGGGUCAGCACGCGGCGCUCCAGUUAUGUGAUGGACGUGCCGCCUGCUGAAGAAAAGACCUCAUUACCCAACCCGCCCGCUCCCAUAGCCCCCCCGAAACCUGCGCGACCCACCAAGCCUCGGUCCAAAAGCCGGAUCUCUCGCUACCGGUCGAGUUCGUCGCAGAGAGCCCGGCGGCAGCGGCAGGCCCUCGCCCAGCAAGCGGCGGCCGCGGCGGCCGCGGCAGCAAUGGCGGCAGCGGCGGCAUCGGCUGACCAGGCGGCCUGUCUGGACGAGGAGGCGUCUCAGGGCCCCUACGGUUCUGAACAUGGCCACGGAGAGAGCGGCAUGGGGAGUCAUCUCCUAGACGGAGAGGGCCAUGGUCUGAACUGUAUGAACAGAAGCAACUUGCGUUACCCCAAGACCAAGAAGUACCUGGUGACGGAGUGGUUGAACGACAAGGUUCCUGGAGGGGAGAAGGUGCACCAAGAGGCGCUCAAUGAGCGCCCGCUACGGAUAACCACUGACCCCACAGUGCUGGCCACAACCCUCAACAUGCUGCCGGGCCUCUCCCAUUCGCUCAUCUGCACCGCGCCCAGACACUACGUCCGCUUCGGCUCCCCGUUCAACCCCGAGAGACACCGGCCCCGCCCGCUCCAGAUGGAUGGCACUUACGGCUGCUACAAGAAGAGAUGGAUAAAGCAGGUGGAGGACGAGAGCUGUUCAGCCAGUGUGGAGGACGGCACAGAGUCCACCUCCUCCCAGCAAAGUACCAGUAGCAGGUCCACCCCCAACCCCCAGUCGGGCGAUCUCAACGCACCGUUUAAGAAGCGCCGCUCCAAGUACGCGUCGGAGACGACCUCGGCCCCCUCGGGCCACCUGCUGCGCCCGCUGUCGCCCAUUACCCCCCCGCUCCCGGACGACUCCCUCCACCCGCCGCUCCACAACCAUUGCGGCUCGCUGCUGCCCAACGGCGUGAUCUACUCGCCCCUGCUCUCGCUGCCCGCCAGCCGCUGCAACACGCCGUUGCAAUUCGAGAACAUCUCGUCCCCUGAGGCCUCGCCUGUUCACCGGUCAGAGUCCAUCUCUCCUGAGCCGUGUCUUCAAACAGACUUUGACAUCCCUUGCCCUCAGUUCCCCGACCUGUCCCUCCCCUCUAGCUUAGAGAGCCCUGUGGCGCUGACCUCAGAUGACUUUUCCCUCCCUGGAGGCCAUUCAGGCCACGACUCCCAGGGUCCAUCAUCUGUAGGGACCAGCUACCUGAACCCGCCAUCGUGCCCUCCCUCAGACCUGGCCUCUCAAAACAGGGAGCAGCCUUUCAGGACAGAGUUCAACCUCAUAUACACCUGCUCGCCCCUCAACGCGAACCUGGGCAACCCCGUGGCCACUGACCGCCACCUCUCUCAGUCCGAAGGUGGUUUCUCCCCAGCGGAGUCCUUCCACAGCUCCAUAAGUGGCCAGGGGCCUCUGGGGGACGUGGGCCCCUGCUCCACGCCGCCCUACGGCGAGCCUCACUAUGGGGGAGGCUACCCGGAUAGUGGCACGCCUCCUCACACCAGCAACCCACCGCAGAAGAAGAAGAGGGCCAACCAGCAUACCAUUAGUCUGCUGACAGGGAAGCCAGAUUACCAGGCUAUAGCUGUAAGAAGUGAAUACAAGCCAGUACAAAAUAUGGUGUCUUUACUGGAGUACCGCAAGAGGAAGCAGGGCGGCGGCCGCGACUCGGAGCCAUCGGGCGGCAGCUCGUCGCUAGGUGGCACCACCACCCGGACCGGCUCCCACCACAGCCAGGACCCCCACCACCCCCGCGGCCAUCAGACGCAGCCCACAGCCUCCCCACACCGCUCCUUUACCUCGGCGGCCCACGCCUCCUCCAUCCCUCAGAUCGAGGAGGUCAGUCCUCCAGACCACCAGGGCCCGUCGGCGCUGCCCAGGCACCAGGACACCAACAACCAGUGGAUGGUCCCCACCACUGUGGAGCGUCUAAGGGAAGGUCAGGGGGCUCUGGAGCGAGUGCUAAGAAGCAUCAAGAUGGAGCGGGUUUACAAGAGGAGCGACGGCUCUACGGAGAAGGAAUCGGAUGCAGAUCGGUAUGAGGUGCAAGCAGCGUCCACGGCUUCCCCCAUGAAGAGUCCACAUGGAUACAGUCCCUCUGUGUACUCGCACCAGUCAUCAGAGAGCCAUCAGCAGACCGACAGCCCGUCGUUCCUCCAGCAGACCUCCAACUCUCCAUUCCGGGGUUCCUACAGUCCCUCAUCGGCCCACAGCUUCUACCCCCGCCACGUGUCCCAGGACCACCCUGCACCCUCUUACACCGGUCGCACCCCCGCCUCCUCCUCGGACUCCCGGCCGCCGGCCAGCUCUCUACACCAGCAGAGCGGUGGCGGCAGCAGUGUGGACGGGGGCCAAGGCGGCGGCCACCUAAAAGUCAGCCUUUUGAACAGCGGCCUGGUGGGGGCUCCCAGCCCGGGCCCCCGGCCCCAUGGGCAGACUAAGACAGACUCGGGCGCCCACGCCUCCAGGGGAAGUGUGGGCAGCUUGAAGUCGGGCAGCCCGGGCCAGGCGGCACUGCAGGCCGGCUCCAGGCUGCUGCCGGCCAGCGGCCCCACACACUACCCCCAGAGAGGGCCGAGCCUCGGCCAGUUCCAGCACCCCCCCCUCCAGGGACCCGGAGUAAGGACACAGUCAGGAAGCUUUUAGGACCUUGUUGGUGUGUGCGUGUGUGGGGGGGUUAUGUAUGUGUGUGUGUGUGUGUAUGAAGCUGCGUACCUCCUCGACCCCCUCAGGCUGCGGUGGAACGGGGCCCAGGGAGUUUGGGGAGGGGGGGGGGGGGGGGAAAUGUACAGACCGAAGAGGAGCAAGGACUUCUUUACGGAUUUCUCCUUUUCUUAUUUUCCGUUUUCGCUUUCUUUAUUUUCAGAAAAAAAGAAAGCAAAGUACCACAUACUGCACAAAGCUAAUCAGUGACUUUGGACAUCAUUACAGAAUCAGUGAUUUGAAAAACACAGAAAGCAGAGAUCAUGUGUACCUUGAAAUUGUCCCCAGUGUUCCCUCAUGUGCCGGACUGUGCAAACAGGCUCUUUAAUGUCGGAAAGUAAAAACCUCCACACUAAUGUCUGUACAAAGUUCUUAAAAAAGCCGUAGCUGUCGCCAUGGUACCCAGGUUGGAUAGAUGCAAAUGUAACUGAAAGCAAGAGUUUUAUUUUUAUUUCAUCUUUUUUUUUUUGUCCGUUUUUUUCUGAUUUGGCGAGUGGCCGAGUCUGUGUUGCAGUAAAUAAGUAUUUGAUUUGGAAAUGGGGGGGUAGGUAAUCGAGCCACAUGUUAAUCAUCCGUUCUAAAGAUGCAUUAGAGAGGCGCGGGGGGGGGGGGGGGGGAAAACAGGCUCCCUGGAGACCAUCAUUCCAUAGGACUGCCAGCUCCGUGCUCCCUCAACAAACAUAAAAACAGCCUCUCUCUCUCUCUCUCUCUCUCUCUCGCUCUCGCUCUCGCUCUCGCUCUCUCUCUCUCUCUCUCUCUCUCUCUCGUGUGUUUGGGUUCUCUCGUGUUCUCUCAUCCCAGCGGACUGUCCGACUCAGAGGACUCCUCGGCUGUAGACCUCUCACAUUGUACUUGAGACAUACUGGUCUUAUGAUUCAUGGUGCUGCAUUCUUGUUUUUGUUUGUUUUUUCAAUAAAUUUUAAAUCCAGUUAAGUUCCCCACAUAUGGCUGCCUUCAUCUUGUCAUUACAGCUGAAAUCCAUUUUAUUCUCCUUCAGAUUCAUAUCCAUCUUUUAUUCAAGUGACAAAUAUGAUGAUCACACUUUAAAUCGUGCGUGCGGGUGGGGCCAGGAGGGGACAAUGUACACGUGAAAAACAAAAUAACUUCGUUUUUCUUGAGGGGGGGGGUAAGGGUGGUGCCCCCCCUUAUAUAUUGCAUCCUUAUAGGUUGCAUUCCAUAAGACACCAGGCAAAACGUGUGUGUGUGUGUGUGACACACAGAGAUACAUAGUUAGAUAAAUAGCUUUCUGUGGGACCUCGAGCUGACAGCCUCCCCUCCCUCAUGACACUUUUAUUUUGGACCAGAUGUAGAAAACAAGACUGGACUCCACCCACCAUACCACCCCCCCCCCCCCCCAUCUACCCCCCCCAUCCCACUUUAGGGGUUCUCAUGUUACAUGAAUGUUUGACAGGUUGAUUUAAAAAAAAAAAUAGCCCCAAAAUGAACCAGCACCUUAAAAUGAAAUAAACAUGGCCUAAAAGACACACCAGGGCAAUAUGUAUGAUGUGUAUGUGUACCUGUAUAGAAAGGAAUGUGACAUAGACCUGUAUGGAGGAAGCAUAGGACACUAUUUUAGCGCAUGACGUUUGUUUUCAGCGCCUCGCGUCUGCCACACGGUGGAAGUUCAUCUUCGGCUCCGAAAAGCUGACGCUGCAUUCUCUUUUUGUUUUGUAAAGAUUGCUGUCGGUUUUAUUUUUUACACAGAUCAUAUUAGUCACUAUUUAAAUUUGUUCCCUCCAAAUGGUUUCAAGAAACAAGAGAUGUAAUGCAUUUGAUAAUAAAAUAAUCAUGAUGGUAAAGUA